GCUACGACGCUCCUGCUGGGUCCAAGAUGGAUCUCCCAGCGCUGCUCGCCGCCCCGACUCCGCGCGGUGUCCAACAUGGCGGCGGCGGCCCCGGCCCACUCCGCCGAGGUCCGGGACCGCCGCCCAGCCCUGGCCCCGCGCGCCGCCACCUGCUGCUGCUGCGGGGUCCCGAAGACGGCGGGUCGGGACCGCGGCGAUGGGAGGCUCGGGCGGCGGCGGCGGCGGCGGGCUCCGGGCCGAGCCCGCCAACCCUCGAGGAUGGCGGCGACUCCUUCGUGGUGCUGCUGGAAGUUCCGCGCGGCGCCGCGGCCGAGAUCUCUGGACAGCGAGAGGCUGAGUCCGGCGCCUGCGCGGGUCCUGCCGGCCACCCUCAGCAGGGCUCCAGCGGCGCGGUUGCCAUCCCCGGGCCCGGCGCGGCCCUCACGAAUACCGUCACCAUCAGCAGCCAGGAUUUGCUGGUGCGCUUCGACCACGGCGUCUUCACGCUGGCCGCCGCGCAGCCGCCGCCACCGGACCCGUCGUCCCGUGGCCCGCCCCCGCAGCCAGGCGAGGAGGCUGCGAGCCUGGCCGAGGGCCGCCGCGGACCCCCGGGUCCCGGCGCGCUUGGCUACUGCUGCCCUGAGCCGCAGUGCGCGCUUUCCUUCGCCAAAAAGCAUCAGCUUAAGGUGCACCUGCUGACACACGGAAGUAGCCAGGGCCGGCGACCCUUUAAGUGCCCCCUGGACGGCUGCGGCUGGGCCUUCACCACCUCCUAUAAACUCAAGCGGCAUCUGCAGUCGCACGACAAGCUGCGACCUUUCGGCUGCCCGGUGGGUGGCUGCGGCAAGAAGUUCACUACUGUGUACAACUUGAAGGCACACAUGAAGGGCCACGAGCAGGAGAACUUGUUCAAGUGUGAGGUGUGCGCGGAGCGCUUCCCCACGCAGUCCAAACUCAACUCUCACCAGCGCAGCCACUUCGAGCCCGAGCGGCCCUACAAGUGUGACUUUCCCGGCUGUGAGAAGACCUUCAUCACAGUGAGUGCUCUGUUUUCCCAUAACCGUGCCCACUUCAGAGAACAGGAGCUCUUUUCCUGCUCCUUUCCUGGCUGCAGCAAACAGUAUGACAAAGCCUGCCGCCUGAAAAUUCACCUGAGAAGUCAUACAGGUGAACGACCUUUUAUUUGCGACUCUGACAGUUGUGGCUGGACCUUUACCAGCAUGUCUAAACUCCUGAGGCACAAAAGGAAACACGAUGACGACCGGAGGUUUACCUGCUCUGUUGAAGGCUGUGGGAAGUCAUUCACGAGAGCAGAGCAUCUGAAAGGCCACAGUAUCACCCACUUGGGCACAAAACCAUUUGAGUGUCCCGUGGAAGGGUGCUGUGCCAGGUUCUCUGCUCGUAGCAGUCUCUACAUUCACUCCAAGAAACACCUUCAGGACGUGGGUGUUCCAAAAAGCCGUUGCCCAGUCUCCAGCUGUAAUAGACUGUUCACCUCCAAGCACAGCAUGAAGGCACAUGUGGUCAGGCAGCACAGCCAGCACCCAGAUCUCUUCCCUCAGCUAGGAGCUCCAAGUUCCCUCCCACUCAGUGAACUUGGCAGUCCAGGCCAAAGUGAGCUCAACAAUAUAGAUCUGGCAGUGCUCUUCUCUGAUGUACCUGCUGAUGGUGGUAGUGCACCAGGGGCCUCGGACGAGGCGCUGACCCCUGGAAUCCUGACUAUUGAUGUAACUUCUGUGAGCUCUUCUCUUGGAGGGAACCUCCCUAAUAACAGUUCCUUAGGGCCAGUGGACCCGCUGGUCUUGGUGGCCCACAAUGACAUUCCUCCAAGCCUGGACAGCCCUCUUGUUCUUGGGACAACAGCCACAGUUCUUCAGCAAAACAGCUUCAAUAUGGAUGAUGUGCAGACUGUAAAUGCAGGAGGAUUAGGCUGUCUGGUAGCUCUGCCUGUCAAGAACUUGAGUCAGGACCCACAGGCUUUGACCUCCAGCAGCAGUAUAGCAGUGAACACCACCACUCUAACCUCUUCAAGCAACCCCCCAGGAAACUCCAGUGUCCCGGAACUUCUGGCUUCAAUCAAAGUGGAACCAGACUUACCUCCUGGCCCUGAAGCUGUCAUGCAGCAAGAACAAAGCAGAGAGGUGCCCCCGCCUGUGUUCUCCAGCCCUUCAGAAAAGCACAGUCCUCAGAAAGACACAGGGCUCAGUGCAGGGACUGGCAACUUUUAUUUGCUGAGUGACGUUGGGCUGCCUCGAUUUUCUGAGCACAGAUGGUGUGUGGUGAAUGGGUUACAGGAAAGUGGGGGCUCAGCAAGAACUGAUUCCCGAGCCAUUCAACUAGUCAAGAAAAAAAAGCAGAAAGGAACUGGGAGCAAUGCAGGAGCCUCAGGGUCUACUCAGAAGAAAAUGAAAGGUGGCAAAGUCAGCCCUACUCACUUGUACGCAAGCCAGAGUGGUUGGUUGUGUGGGAACCUGGUGGUGCCUGGUGGAGGUUUACCAGGACCAGCUCCAGCAGCUGGAGUGCAGUGUGUUCAGGCCCAAUUACUGCAGGAUGACCCCUCAGGUGAAGCAGUCUUGCCGUUGGUGCUCAGCCCACAGCCUUCUACAUGCCAGCCCCUGUUCACCAUUGGUUUGCCUGUCUAUGUCCUCCAGGAGGUGCUUCCUGCAGCCGGAGGGGCUGCUGGGCCUGAGGAUACGCACUGCACAGGCAGCACAAUCAAUCUGCAGGACCUGCAGUGAAAGCAGCCCACUACCUGGGGGACCCACGGGCGACGCCUCCAGUCUGUGUCCCUGCAAGACUCUUGUUACGUGGUCUUGCAGGCCUGGGUGAGAACCCACUUGCUUUAUGCUUAGAAGGCCAGCCUAGUUCUUCAGAGACUUUUGGGGUGAAGCUCAGCUCCUCCAAGGUCUCCUCCAUCUCCUGUGUGUUCUGGAUCAGCGAGAGGUUCUGCUCCUCCAGCUUUGUGAAGACGUCCAGGAGCUGCUGGGGCUCCGUGAAGAACAGCUCCAGCUCCUGCAACAACCUUGGCCCCCACCAAGGAUUUGCAGGUUCUGCUGGCUGAAGAAUGGCCAGAGAAACCUGGGCUGAGGACUGAGACACCAGGCCCUGACCUGCUUACAGUGGAAAGGUGAAAAACGCAAGGCCCUGUGGGAGAGUUACUAAGCACUCACUGGGCCUGUGCCUCAUUGUGUACACAUCAAUGCCCAUUUGGCAAAUGAGGAACAUGAAGCUCAGAGAUCUAGUCACCUGCCCAAGGUCACCUGCAGGACAUUUCUGGCCCAUAAGUGAGAUACAAACCAGCAGGAGUGAAGAGCACCCUGUGACUGCACAAAGCUAGGUGAGUGUGGAAUCAAAAGAGCCACACCCAGAGAGCAGCGGUGUUCCACGUGCAUCAAGUUCAAGAACGGAAAGUGACCCAGAGUGAUGGACAUCAAAACUGGUUAAUUUCUGGUGUGGGUUCUCACCAGGAGAGUGCACCAGGGAGUUACCAGCAGUGGGAUUGUUUUCUAUCUGGAUCUGGGUAUGGUCACAUGGGUAAAAAGCCAAAUGUUCACUUAAGAUUUGUUCAUUUUGUGAUGUCAAUAACACUUCAAUAUAAAAGGAAAAGUAAAGACCGAAA